CUUCGAAACAGCUGUCACCUCCACCGUCGUCCUCCCACAGAGCUCCCGUAUAAAGUGCGACCGAGAUACCGAGGGAGUUGACGGAGGGAAGAAAGGAGGCGAGGCGGAGGCGAAACUCGGCGGCGAUGACGAACCCAAACAACCACGCGAACGGUGACCACCACAGCAAUCGGCCGUACCCUCCGCCUGAGGCACGCCGGCAACGCCAUUACGUCGGCCCGUCCAUCUCCACCUCCUCCUCGGCCGCCUCCUUCAAGGGCUGCUGCUGCUGCCUGUUCCUCCUUCUCACCUUCCUCGCGCUCCUGGCCGUCGCCAUCGCUCUCGUCGUGGUCCUCGUCCUCAAGCCCAAGAAGCCACAGUUCGACCUCCAGCAGGUGGUCGUGCAGUACCUCCUCGUUGCCCCCGCCGCCUCCGCCAUCGGUGCCACCGUCGGGGGAGGAGGGGCCUCUUCGCCAGCGGCGUACCUGUCGCUGAACAUCACGCUGCUGCUCAUGGCGGACAACCCGAACAAGGUGGGGAUCCGCUACGAGGCGGCGGCGCUGGACGUGAUGUACCGGGGGUUGCCGCUGGGGGUGGCAACGGUGCCGAGAUUCGAACAACCGGCCCGCAGCCGGCGCUUGGUGCAGACCCGCGUCGUUGUCGACCGUUUCAACGUGCUCCAGUCCGACGCCCUCAACCUCGUCCGCGACGCCGCCCUCAACGACCGCGUCGACCUCCGCCUCACCGGCGACGUUGCCGCCAAGAUCCUCCUCUUCGGCAUCUCCACCCCUAGGGUUCAGGCAUCGGUGGAUUGUGCGGUCGCGAUCAGCCCCCGGAAGCAAUCUCUCACUUACAAGCAGUGCGGAGUCGACGGACUAAAUUUCUGAAUUGGAAAUAAGGAAAAUAAAUUUGAAGAAAAACAUUUUUUUCGAAGUUUUCGAAGAAAAACAUUUCUGGAUUCGGCCCGAAGCAAAGCGGACAGGAAGCUGUCACGCGCGCCGCGGACCCUAUUUUUGUUUUCUGCCGGAAGAGAAGAGGAAGGACAACAUUUCCGUCUCCCAUAGACUUGGAUUCUAAAAUCUUGGUGCAGUCUUGAUCGUCGCCUAUUAUUUUUGGCUCUCAGCCUCUGUUAUGUGACUAUAUUUCCACUUGAUGAUGGAAGGAUCAUUUCGACAUGGUAGAAAGAGUCGUAAUCUCUCACUCGUCGCCAACUGUUUCUGUUUCUGGGAAAGGUUGGUUCUUGGUGAGGGCAUAAAGGAGAGCGCGAGUAGUAGGGGUUGAGUGGAGAGCUCUGGGGGAACUAAUGCGUUCUUAAUUUAGUGAUCUGUCCGAAUCGUUCUUGCUUUUGGCACGUGGAGGAUGAUAGAAAAGCACCGAAAGUGCACAGAAAAGUGAUCUUUGUUGAAUGGAUCAGCUAAAAGGAUAUGCUCUUCUUUUUGUGUUCAUUUCUGUCAGGUCAUGUUGGGUGGGGGAUUCUAUCAAUUUGGAUUUUAGCUGAUUUUCUUCAACCGUUGCAGUUGUCGCAACAGUUGACGAAUUAUUAUAAUUGCAGUUGCAAUAAUUUGGAAGCCUGCAUGUAUACUUGUUAUUUGUUGACGAAUUAAACUAAAGGAGGAGAGAGCGUGGAAUCAAGCGAUGAUGAUACAAUAGAAGAUGAAAAGUGUAGUUAAGUUUAGCUUUCAUUGUUUAGCAUUUAGGGAUUUAAUUGUAUGUACAAUUGGUGUACUUUUAUACAAUUAAAUGCUUGCAAGUAAAUUAUUUGCUGCAAAAUAAUUUUACCAAAUGACUUCAU